AUGCGCAUCACUCUCCCGACAUCCGAUCCGCAAGCCCGAUGCCUCUUCCCCAAGCGCACCAGUCUCCCGACACUAUCCGCACCGCUUCACUAUGCGCAUCACUCUCUUGAUAUUUUCACGAGCAACGAUGACUCCAGCAUGAAGGCCGCUAAGCUCAAGGCCUACGCAGACCCUGGCUGCCAACAUCCAGAGUCUUCGCGAGGAGCUAGCAGGUACAGACGAGAGCAUUGCAAAACUUCAGAACACCAUAGCCACUGCGCUGGACGACCUCUUUCGCCCUUUGUUGGCAGCUUUGGACGCUGCAUCUUCGAAAGAGCAAGAGCAAGCAGAGCUUUGGAGAGGGGACGCGUCAUCACAGGCGCUACGGCGAAGCAGGAGCAGCUUUUUGAAGAGUAUGGAAGGAUCACGCAAAUGGAGCCUGUGUGCUUCGGAGGCCGAUACGGCAGGAUGCGAUACAACAUAUGGCUGAUGCAUUGCUACUUGAGGUAUGCUCUCCUUGACGCCCUCCACGCAGCACAAACUUCAGCAAACCAUGAUACCCUGGAGGAUGUUGGUGCAGGCAGCCACAUCCUACAUGCAGAAACAACUUCUCCCACACAGAACGUCCUGAGGUUCAUCCGCAGGCUGAAGGUAAUCGAGACCAAGGAUCAAAUUUGGCUUCUACCAAUGCAACAUCAGGCGCCAAACGACGCAAUGAAACAUGGCCGCAUCUUCUUUGCAGGAGGUGUCAUGAUGACUGCCAGUGCUAGUGCCAGUGCCGAGGAGAAAAUCCGCGCUACGACACCAAGCCGGCCAUAUCGUCUUAUCAACGCAGAUCUGGUCCAUAUACAUCCCCUGUUGUCUCUCACCCCCAGACACCCUCCGCCUUACGAAGUUGACAAGGUGAGAAAGCAUUCGAAAGACAUGGUCGAGAAAUUCAGGCCGAAAUCGGAUCACGCUUCACGAAAUCCUGCUCUGAGAUUGCUGACUGUGUAA